AUGUUUUAAGAUAGUAAAAGGCAUGGCCCUUCAUUAGAAUUAUAGAACUUAGGACCAUUACAUAAAUCUAUAAGCAAAAUAACAGAUCCUGAUAUCCAAAGUUUUGAAUGUUAGAAGAAUACUUACAUCCCUUCUCCAAGAGUAUAACGAUUUGACAAACUGGGAAAUUUGAUUCAUAAAAAUUAGAAAAAAAAAUAUCAAAUAACAUUUCGAGAUGAAGUAACAGCUAAAUCUAAAUUGUACGAUAUUAUUCUAGUGGAUAAUUGGAAAAAAUAUAAUAUUAUAGAUGAAGAAAAAGAGAAAGUAGGUUGCUGUCAAUCCAAAAGUUGUUAAUUAUUUUGA